AUGGGGAAGCUCAGCCCUCGGUUUAUUGGUCCGUUUGAGAUCUUAGAACGCAUUGGUGAGGUGGCAUAUCGACUUGCAUUACCACCUUCAUUGUCUCAGGUACAUGAUGUGUUCCAUGUUUCUAUGCUGAAGAAGUUCAUUCCGAAUCCUGACCAUGUGAUACAGUUUUUUGACUUUGAGCUUAGCAAUGAUUUGACGUAUGAGGAGCGACCUAUAAAGAUUGUGGAUUUUAAGGAGCAAACAUUGAGAAGGCGGGUCAUUUCUUAUGUCAAGGUUCAAUGGAGCAAUCAUUCAGAGCGUGAAGCAACUUGGGAGUUAGAGUAUGAGAUAAAAGAGAGAUAUUCGUAUCUUUAUGAUACUUCAGGUAAGAGUUUAGAGGACUAA